AGCGAGCGGGAGGGGGAUGUGGUGCUGCCGCGGCCGCCACCGCAGCUGCCGCUGCCUGCUCGUUGCCGCGUCUUCCCGGAGGCGGCUGCUGGAAGCCGCAGGGAGCAGCUGUGGUGCUCUGCCAUAUUGUGUCUCCCUCUGUCCGUCCCUCACCUCCACGCCGCGGCGGCCGAGCUGACGCAGCCUGGUGAAUUAAGUGCCUGGACCAACCUUUCUUCUAAAAAUAAUCCAAAAUGCUGGAUAAAGUAAAAUCUUAAAUGCAUCAAAGCUCUGGCACAGAGGUAAAGAAUACUUAAGCCAAACAUUAAUUGGAAACUCAUGAAGGCAAGGUGGACAGUGAGAGAGAGAGACAGAGAGAAAGGUCUUCCUUUACCGUUGGUUCACCCUCCAAUGGCCACUGCAGCCGGCGCUCUGCGGCUGACGCACCGCACUGAUCCGAAGCCAGGAGCCAGAACUAAAAGAGUAAAUGGGUCCAGUAAUUGGAAUGACUCCAGAUAAGAGAGCUGAAACCCCAGGAGCUGAAAAGUUUGCAGGAUUAAGCCAGAUUUACAAAAUGGGAAGUUUGCCUGAAGCUGUUGAUGCUGCCAGGCCAAAGGCCACUCUAGUGGACAGUGAGUCAGCUGAUGAUGAACUGACAAACUUGAACUGGCUUCAUGAAAGUACUAAUCUUCUAACAAACUUCAGCCUUGGAAGUGAGGGUCUUCCAAUUGUUAGUCCAUUGUAUGACAUUGAGGGAGAUGACGUGCCAUCCUUUGGACCAUCCUGCUACCAGAACCCAGAAAAAAAAUCAGCAACUUCAAAGCCCCCAUACUCCUUUAGUCUUCUCAUUUAUAUGGCUAUUGAACACUCUCCAAAUAAAUGUUUGCCUGUCAAAGAAAUUUAUAACUGGAUUUUGGACCGCUUCCCAUAUUUUGCUACUGCACCAACAGGCUGGAAGAAUUCUGUUCGACAUAAUCUGUCCCUGAAUAAAUGUUUUCAGAAAGUGGAAAGAAGCCAUGGCAAGGUUAAUGGAAAAGGUUCAUUAUGGUGUGUUGAUCCAGAAUACAAACCCAAUCUUAUACAGGCACUGAAGAAACAACCUUAUCCCUCAGCACCAACAUCUUACACCUCUCCCGAAUCUCUACAAAAUGGUUCUUUAUCACCUCAGUACUUAAGCUCUGUACUCAAGCAGAACCAAGUGCAAACCCUCAAAGAAUCUGAUAUUGAUGCUGCCACUGCAAUGAUGCUUUUAAAUACUUCUAUAAAACAAGGAAUUUUAGAAUGUGAGAAGCCCCUUCCUCUUAAGACAUCACUGCAAAAAAAGAGGAGUUAUGGCAAUGCAUUUAAUCAUCCCAGUGCUAUACGAUUACAAGAGAGUGAUUCUUUAGCCAGCAGCAUUGAUCCAAAAGAAGAUCACAAUUACAGUGCAAGUAGCAUGGCAGCACAGCGUUGUGCAUCCAGGUCUAGUGUGUCUUCCCUGUCAUCUGUGGAUGAGGUAUAUGAAUUUAUUCCAAAGAAUAGCCAUGUGGGAAGUGAUGGCAGUGAAGGAUUCCAUAGUGAAGAAGAUACAGACGUUGAUUAUGAAGAUGAUCCUCUUGGAGACAGUGGCUAUGCAUCACAGGCUUGUGCAGAUACCUCUGGAAAAGGGCAGCCAGGGAAGAAGAUACGAAAACAGUCAUGUCAAGAAAUUGAUGAGGAGCUCAAAGAGGCAGCUGGAUCUCUGCUGCACCUUGCUGGAAUUCGUCCAUGUCUUGGCUCCCUAAUAAGUACUGCAAAGACACAAAAUCAAAAGCAGCGGAAAAAAUAGAAAUACUUGUUAGUGUAAAAUUAUUUUAAAGUGUGGCAAUACUCUUCUACAUAAUUCUUUACAAGGGAUAUCAAAGCCAUAAUGGACUUCUUUAGUUUUAGGGUGGGAGAAAAAUGAUAAUUACUUUUUUUUUUUUCCAAAACAUUUUUGAGUUUACUUUUUUAAUUUUUAUUAAGAAAUUGCUGUUAGGAUCAUGCCCGAUCAUAAAUAUAUGAAGUCCUAAAAGCAUAAUUUUUGUGAUAAAUGUCUCCAAGAUUAGGAAAUUUGUAUAUAAGAAAAUUUUAAAAUCUUUAGUCUCUGUUGUAAACUUGUAGGAAAAACUUUUCUUCUGUUAAUAUGUCAAAAUGUAAGAUUUGGCAACUCUAUAAAACUUGUUUAAUUUUUAAUCUGUAUUUAACUAUAGUUACUGAUCCAGAUAAACUUUUUGCUGAAAUCUCUUCAAUGUACUUUUCACCUGACACAUGAUCCAAAAGGAUAAAAUUUGGGGUUUUUAUUUUUUCUGUUUUAUUUUUUGUUGUGACAUGACAAAGUCAAAUAUAAAUUGAAAAAGACCCUAGAUGUCAAGAAAGUUCCUUUUGGUUUUGUAGGUAGAAAAUACAACAGAAAUUUCUGUGAUUCAGAAAAGGCAAUUUGGGAUGUGAUUUCAUUGAAGACUCCAAUUCCUAUUACAAUAGUAUCUUUGAGAUUUUUUUACUUCACAGAUAGCAUAUAGCAUUUAUUGGGUCUUUUGUCCUUCCCAAAGUUCUUUGCAACCAUUGUUUAAAUUGUAGCCGCAAGCUGUCUUUGUUGAGUAAAAAUUAUCCAAUGAGAGGAUAUAGCCAUAGAGUGUGUUAUGGAGUAACACCCAUUUUGACACACUUUUGCAAUAAGAGACUCUUUGGUUUGCUUGCUUUGUACUACAUUCUGAGAAUCUUGUGAUAGGAACAGAAUAUAAUAAAACAUUUUGAAUACAUAUUACUUAAUGUUAUCAUAAAUAAAAUUGGAUUAUUUAGGAAAAGCUUCUGUCCAGGCUUUGUAUGGAUUAAAACUGUGUGUAUACCAAAUUAAAUUUUGGGAGAUGUAACAGAACUGCGGAGACGAAAUACUUUCAUGGAAUUCAAAAUUUGUGUAAAAUUAGAUCUUCCAUAGUACAGCCUUUUGAGGAGGCAGUGUAAUACCCGUAUUUGCCAUUAAUCCAUGCUAAAAAGUUUUAUAUUACUGUUCCAAAAGUACAUUGACAAGUAUUUUAAGUGUUUGAACAAAUCUGCUUCUAUAGACAGUUUUUCAUAAUACCAUCUGUACAGUUUGACUAUAUUAUUCAUAAAGAACAAGGGAUACUAAUAAACUAAACGUAUUCAUUAUAUUUUUUUAAGAAUGGUGGAAGCAACUUCCAGAACUUCAGUCUCAUCUCAUAAUAUACCCUAUGUCAAUGACCUUGUUUUCAUUUUUCUCAUAACUUAUGUACAUGUAUACACAUACAUACACACACAUGUGUGCACAAGUCGUGUUGCUUUGCUGCUUUCAGCUCUUUCCAUGAUUAUAAAACAUUUUCUUGGGUUUUUAAAAGAGAAUGACAGAUAUUUUUAUUUUACAUUUAAAAUUUUUAGGAUAAAACUGCCAAAUGAGAAGAAUGAUAACAACAAUAUCUUUUUCAAUUGAUAAGACUUUAAUCCAGGGAUAAUAGCAUUAAUGACCUUUGUCCUGUUUCUGUGUUACUUGUAAUUGAAUCUGGAUAGCCACGUUAAUAGAAUUGGUGCUGUUGAAAUAUAAUUUUGUAAUUGUUGAAAUGCAGGAUGAGGUAUUCGGAUUUUUUCCUUCUUCCUGUAUGUCACAUCUACAAAAAUUGGGUAAACCAAGUUGACCCCUUUUACUGUAGACAGUAAUAAAACAUCAACAAAAAAAAAAAUGGCGCUUUUACCACAAUAUAAAUAGUAAAGAGACUACAAAAAUCACUUUAAUAAAAAUAUUUUUAAGCUAUAUACUUAGGCCCUCUGGAGAGACCCUAGAAACAGUGUUUCAAUGAUCUGGUUCCAGUUUUGUUGUUGUUGUUAUCCUACUGAAAUUCUGUGCCAUAGAUGUUCUCAGUUCUACUCUUAAGUCUGUAUAGAAUUCAAUGAAUCACUUGCCAUCUGCUAAUAUACCAAGUUGUGUUCAAGGGGAAGAACCAUUUAUGUUAUGUCCCCUGUUACUACUUUCAUGAGGAUUGUGAUCUCAUUCCUCAAAUGUGUUGAGAUAGAAACAUGGCUCAUAACCACCCACGAAAGUCAUUCCAGAUGCUAUGGACUGGAAAUGGUAUUCCUGGUAAUAUUAGUAACAAAUUUUACUAUAAUAUAAACAACUUGGAAACCUCAGAGAGGUUAAAUAUUUUUAGACAUAUUUUUAAACUGUGAUUUUAAUAAUUUGCCUUAAAGUAUUAUUAAUUUUGUUACAACUCAUUCCAGUUUAUAACCCUAGCAAAAGUUUUAUCUCAGCACAAUUAAUCUUCAUCUUUCACAUCCCAUAAAGAAUCAGUGUUUCUUAAAUAUGUACUUUUGAAAUUUGUGCAAUAUAUUGCUUAUAGUCAAUAUUUUACUUUUCAAAUUCAGAAAAAGAAAACAUUACUUUUAUUUGUAGGAAAGCUAACUUGGUGUGUCACCUCCCUUUUUCCACUUUUGAGCCUUUCCUGUCCUUAUAGCCAGAAUGACUCCUCUUGACUUAGAUUCCUUUGUAUAUGGUGAAACUUAGUAUAUCUCUAUAUUUUUCUUUUUUUUUUUUUUAUUCUUUGCUUUCUGAGGCAUUAUGUAAAGGGUUCUUACUAGAUGAUCAGUUAAAUAUUCAUUAGCACAAAUUCAAAUCUAGUGAAAGUGUUGAUGGGAUAUACAUGUAUCAGUAAACUAGAAGGCCUUUCCCAAUAAUUUAAGAAACAAAUGUGAAUAUAUCACAAAGCUGUAAAAAACUAUUGCUUUAAAUACUGCAGUAACUUCAGCACCCUCUUAUGAAAACUUUAGCAUUUACUUAAGAAACUUUGAGACCUUCUGGUUUACAUAUAUUUUGUAGUGUUUUGUUUGAAAUGUGUAAGCUUUGAUUUAAAGUUUACUUCAAUAUGUUAAUGAUGUAGUCAAAAUAUUUAUUGAAAGGCAAAGUACAGUAUUUUAAUGUUGUACCUGCCAUUUUUUCUCAAAGCACAUUCUUUGCAUCUAACUGCCAGUGCCAUUGUCAAACUUUUUUUUAAAAUUGUUGUAUAUUUCUUAUUAAACUAAGUGCUUAAUUUUAAAGUAUUAUGUUACCAUCAUAUAGGGUAUAAAAAUGUGUAAUUGCCAAUCCACUGUAACUAUUUAUUUUUAAAUGAAAGUAUAAGAAUGCUUUCUGAUUCAAGAAAUUCCUUAUUAAACUGUUUCCUUAUCCUCUUUUCUGCUGUAGCAUAAAAAUUAUCCUGAGUUUGAAUAACUGCCAGUAGGUGACCAGUCACGAGUGAACCACUUCUCAGUUUGCCAGUCUUUUUGCUUAUAUUAAAACAACUUACAAAUGUUUAGUUUUUGUAUCUAAUCUCUCUGAUUAUUAAAAUGUUUAUAAAGUUUAUUUUUACCAAAGAAAUGCAAUUCAUUAUGAUAAAGUAUUGCAGAAUAAACUUGUUUUAUAACA